GUAAAUGAUUUUGCGCUCUGAAUUAGCUGAUCACAGCAUCAUGGCCGCUGCUUCUUCAUCCUCAUCCUCCUCCUCCUCUUCUUCACUUCCUCCCAAGAAACAUGAUGUGUUUCUCAGUUUCAGAGGCGAGGACACUCGCAGAAGCUUCACCAGCCAUCUCCAUACUGCCCUGUGCCAAAGAGGAAUUCGAACCUACAUAGAUUAUGAGCUCCCAAAGGGCGAUGACAUCUCGGACGCACUCAUCGGGGCAAUUCAGGAUUCAAGUAUAGCUGUGGUGAUCUUCUCUCAGAACUAUGCCUCCUCGAAAUGGUGUUUGAAUGAGCUCCUCCAGAUCCUUUGGUGUAGAGAGGUCCAAGGACAGCUUGUUAUUCCUGUCUUCUAUCAAGUUGACCCAUCUCAUGUACGCCAUCAGAGGGGAACUUACAGGGAGGCGUUUGCAAAGCAUGAGAGAGACUUCAGGCUUCAUCAAGACCAAGUGAACAAGUGGAAACAAGCUCUCUUUCUAACUGCAAAUUUAGCCGGCUAUGAUUCUCGAAUCUGCAGGGAUGAAUCAGAACUCACUCAAAACAUUGUCAACAACGUGCUGUGUAACGUUAACCUUACUUGUCCAAGCUCACCACUGACAGAUCUUGUUGGAAUUGAUGAAAAUUGUGCCGAGAUCGAAAGGUUAUUGGAAAAGGCCCCAAUAAUUGGAAUUUGGGGUAUGGGUGGCAUAGGCAAAACCACCAUGGCUAAAGCUUUAUUCAUCAAACUCUCCUCCAAAUUUGAGGGUCGUUGCUUUUUGGAAAAUUUAAGAGAAGAUGUAGAAAAGCAUGGAUUGACACAUGUUCGAGAUAAACUUCUCUUUGAAUUACUAGAAGAAGAAAGAUCCUAUCACAGGCCACCUAAUGUUGCAGGAAGCGCCUUUAUUAAGAGGAGACUGAGUUGUAAAAAAGUCUUUAUAGUGCUUGAUGAUGUUAGUAGUUGGAGGCAAUUAGAAUAUUUAGCUCCGUAUUGUGAUCAUUUGGGACCUGGUAGUAAAGUUAUUAUUACAACUAGGGACAAGCAAUUCCUUGUAAUUGGAAAAGUCAAUGAGAUAUAUGAGGCCCAGCCUUUGAGCGGUCACAAAUCUGCAGAGCUUCUCAACCUCAAAGCCUUUGAUAAAUACCAUCCAAAAAUUGGAUAUGAAUUCCUCUCAAAAAGGGUUGUUGACUAUGCAAAAGGCAUUCCAUUAGUUUUGGUAGUAUUGGGUUCGUUUCUUCGUUCAAAAUCUCCAAAGGAAUGGGACAGUGCAUUGUCAAAACUAAAGAAGAGCCCCAAUGAAGACAUUUUUGAAGUUCUGAAAUUGAGCUUUAAUGGAUUAAAUCAUGAAGAGAAAGAAAUGUUUCUAGAUAUUGCAUUCUUUUUGAAGGGUGAAACUGAAGACUAUGUAAUAACGAUAUUAGAGAGCUAUGACUUCCAUGCUAGGAUUGGGUUAAAAACCCUUGUAGAUAGCACCCUUAUAAGUGUUGAAGAUGGCAAUGUUUACAUGCAUAACUUAAUCCAAGAAAUGGCCUAUGAGAUUGUUCAUCAAGAGUGCAUCAAAGAACCCGGAAGACGAAGUCGAUUACAUGAUCCAAAAGAAGUCUAUUAUGUGCUGAAAAAUAAUACAGGAACUGAUGCAAUCGAAGGCAUAGUAUUAGAUCUGUCCAAACUUAGUCAUUUAACCUUGAGCCCUGAUACUUUCAAAAAGAUGCCUAAACUAAGAUUUCUAAAAUUCUAUUCACCAAAGGAUAGGAGAUCUUGUAAGGUGAACCUUUCUUCUGGCCUUGAAUCAUUAUCUGAGCAAUUGAGAUACCUUCAGUGGGAUGGUUAUCCUUUGGAGUCCCUACCGUCCACAUUUUGUCCUGAGAAACUCGUUGAACUUUGCAUGCAAAACAGCCAUAUUAAAAAACUUUGGGAUGGAGUACAGGAUUUUGUGAACUUAAGGAGAAUAAAUCUUGCUAGAUGCAAACAACUGAUAGAGCUACCUGAUUUUUCAAAGGCACAUAAUCUUGAAUCGGUCAAUCUCUCAUCAUGUGAAAGUUUGUGUUAUGUUCAUCCAUCCAUCUUAGCUCUACAAAGGCUUGUUACUUUGGAUCUCAACAGAUGUAUUAAACUGAAGAAUCUUCAUAGUGAGAUUCAUUUGCAAUCUCUCAGGCGGCUCUAUGUCAGUUGGUGCUUUAGUUUGACAGAAUUUUCAUUGUCGUCCCAUGAAAUCGCAAGUCUAGAACUAGAAACUACACGAAUUGAGAUAUUGGACUCGUCAAUUGGGCAUCUCAGUAAUCUCAAACAAUUCAGGCUUAAUUGUUCAAGAUUGAAGAAUCUUCCAAUAAAUGAGUUAUGUUGUUUAAGAUCCCUGGAGGAGCUUGGGCUUUUUAAUUGUGAACAAGCAAUUGACAAGGUGAAGCUCCACAUUCUGUUUGAUGCCCUGCGAUUGUUGGAAAUAUUAUGUUUGGAUGGGUGUCAAAAAUUAACCGAGCUACCUGACAAUAUUAAGCAUCUUUCAGGGCUAAAAGCUCUUUCUUUAAAGAAUUGUGAGAGGCUACAAUCUCUACCAGAGCUUCCACCAUCUAUUGAAGAAUUAGAUGCCACCAACUGCCCAUCCUUAGAGGCACUAGUCCUCAUUUCUGAGAUGGAAUCUUCAACGUCGCCAGAGGAAGGAAUGAUGGCUUUAACACCCUAUUCCUCAACUGGGUAUCUUUCAAAACUUAGAAAGCUUCGCCUCAAUGUCUCAAGUCUGAAGAAUUUUUCAAUUGAGCAGCUAUGUUGCUUGAGAUCUCUCAAGGAGCUCUCUCUCUUUGAUUGCGGGGAAGUGAUUGACAAGUCAAAGUUGCGCAUGCUUUUUGAUGCCUUAUCCUCUUUGGUGGACCUUUAUUUGGAAGGAUGUAGUGAUUUGGAUGAACUCCCUGACAACCUCAGCUCCUUAUCUUUGUUAUAUUUAUUAGGAUUGGAAGGAAGCAAUGUCAAAUACUUGGCUUCUAGCAUCAAGCAUCUUCCAAGGCUAGACUACAUUUACUUAACCAAUUGUAGGACACUUCGAUCUCUACCAGAACUUCCACCAUUCACUAGAUAUGUAAAAGCCACUAAUUGCUCAUCACUGCAAGCUGUGUCCCUUUUAAAAAAUCCUAGACAACGGCAAAAAUAUUUGGUGGAGUCCCUCUUUCUCGAAAAUUGCUUGAAAUUGGAGCACCAUUCACUUUCUCGUAUUGAGGAACAUGCUUGUUUGUCAUUGAAGCGAGGAGCUUAUCUCAAUCGAACUGGUGCUUUUUGUUUCCCAGGAAGCCAAAUUCCAGAGUGGGUUCGAUAUAGCCAGACGAUUAAGGCUUCGAGUUUCAUAACUAUUGAACUCUCUUCAGUUGCCAACAACUUGGUGGGCUUUGUUUUCUGCUCUGUUCUUCCUCAGUUCACGUCAAAGCCAAAUUGUCAGAGUUACUUGAAAUGCCAAAUGCAGCUUGAAGAUGGUGAACGAGUUGACAACAUAAGUGACGAUAUGAGGAUAACAAACCUAAAUUCACAUCAUGUUUUUCUAUGGUAUGAUCCGAUCCACUCUGUAUGCCUUUUAAGGGAACUUAUACAAAGAGAGGAAGAUCAAGGCAUCAAAGGUAAUUCUAAGCUUUCAUUCGAAUUUUCUGUCGUCUCUUAUGAUGAGAAUUAUGAGAUAACCGAACAUGAUGGUUUGAUAGAAGAAUGUGGAGUAUGUCCAAUAUAUGCUUCUGAAUAUCACAAUUUCCUUCAACAAAUGGAAUUUGGGUUGGAGUUGGGUGGCCAAGAGAGGAGUGGUCAUGAUAAUGAUCAGGAUUCACAAUCUGGAAUUAUGGAAUAUGCUAGUUCAUGUUUGAAGCAAGCAAUAUAUGAUAAUCUCGAAAGAAGCAUGAUUUCUUUCCCAAAAACGACAAUUCCAAAGUGGUUUACAUAUCAUAAUUCAACAGAAUAUUCUUCCAUAUCUGUUUCUAUCGCUCCAAAUUUGGACGAUUUAUUGGGUUUCAUUUUCUGCUUUGUUAUUCCUCAAUUCUGCUCAAAAGAAAAGGAUCAGAGUCACUCAGGAUGUCGAUGCAGAUGGCCUUCGCCAGAUACUUUUCAUACCGAAAGAGUCAGUACGGUGGAUCGAGGUUUUGAAGGCCCAAGAGGAUGGCAUUAUUCCAUGACACGGUUGAAUUCGGAUAAUUCUUUCCUGUGGUAUGAUCCCCUUUUUUGUGAAUUGAUCAUAGAGGAAGUUAGAAGAAAAAGAGGCAUUGAUGAGAGAACAAGUAAUUAUAAUCCAACGCUUUCAUUUGAAUUUGAGUUUGGUGAUCGCUUGAUCAAAGAAUGUGGAGUACGCCCAAUAUACGCCUCGGAAUAUAACGAUUUCCUUCAACUGAAGGAAUUGAAGAUGAAGCAGGGCAUGAAGACAAAGAGGCCUCGGGAUACUUGGGAUGGGGAUGAAGAUGAACAACUCACUCCAGCAAAGAAAUUGAAGGAAUCUUGUGUUAUUCAACCUGAGAAAAUUGAUCAUUUGACAUGGAACAAGUCUGCAGCAAGGGCAGCUAUAAUGAUUGGUGGUACAUAUUCAAGUGUUAUUUCCAAGAUUUCUGUCAUCUAUCCAAGAUGGACUAGUAACACACUGCUGAAAAAUAUGAGUUUGACAAAAUGCAAGUAUAAUGAACCUCUCGUGCCAAUACUUAUUAUCAUCCUCUAUCAUCUUCGAGAAGUCAAAUUUGGCCUCAAGCUUCCAUGGAAUAAUCUGCCAUCUUUUUGGAUAAGCAAAGCCACCUCUAUCAUCUCCACCGAGGUCGGCAGAGCCACCAUCUCCGAUGCCAACGCGCACCACCUCCUCCACGAUAUUCUCCAGCGUCUCUCUUAUGAUUUCUCUCUAUACUCUGAGUUCUAUAAUCGUUCAUGGUAUCAGAGUAGCGAUCAUCUGAAGCAAUGGAGGAAAUCUACUGGUUCAUCUCAAUCAUCGCUGAGCAAGACUCCGAGCAAGGUCAUGAUAUCGGCAAGUCAGGGUGAUAUCGUCACUUUCACUCACUUGAUAACUGUGAGGCUUGAGGAACACAAUAACCUCCUCUGA